AUGCUGGGCAAGCACCCGUACCUCUUGCCGCCCAGGUAUCACCUUCAGGGCGUUGGAAGUCUGGCGAUGAUUCUCAAGGGCGAUCUAUCCGACAAGCCCGAAGUCGAGGCCUGGACACUCGCUGGGCUCAUUGGGCUCGUGAAGACCGUUCAGACCACCUACGCUGGCGACCUGAUGGAGUCGACGGUGCCAGAGCUGGGCCUGAUGGCCCACACCAGCCUCUUCGAGCGCGCGCCGCUCAAGAAGACCGAGUCGCAGCGCAGGCUUGUGGAUCGAGGCACGGUGGGCAUGCUCUGGCAAGGCGUCUGGGAGACGCUGGUACGCAAGAUGGCCUACUACAACUCGGGCAGCGUCGAGCUGGCGCUGGCGCUCAUGAAGGAGAUUCUCGACCACGAUCUGGUCGACGCCAAGCUGGUGGGCGAGUCGCAAGGCGAGCUCUGGAAGGCCUCGCUGUUCAACGAGCCCGCCAAGUGCGGCAUCGCCGCCAUCGAGUUCGUCAUCAGCUUCCUGCGACGCCAUGAGAUCAAAGACGCGGCCGCGGAGUGGGGCGGCCACGCCGAGGUGGCGCGCGGGCUGAAGAAGCGACGCUACGGCGAUCCCUCGACCGAUCCGACAGCGGCGAAGGACAACAACGGCCAGAUCACUCAGAGGGAACGGCUCGUGGAGUGGCUGCUCCUGUCUCUCAAUCGCGACACCAUCAACGUCCGACUGUCCAAGAACAUGCUCAAACCGAUCUCGCCCUACCUCAUCGCGUCGGCCGUCAUUGCGCUGAUCCGACCGGGGCCGUCGCCCGCCAUCAAGGAUCCUUUCGACGAGGAAGAAGUCCUGAGGAGCUCGAGCCAGGAGUCCCAUCCGUUUCGGCGGAGUGUUGCGGCUGCCUCGCUCAACUUUUCGAUUCCUGACCACCCCGCUUUGUUUGUCGGCAUCGAAGACUACACCGGAGUGAGCUUAAGUGAAUCGCAGAUGGUGGAGCGGAGACUGGCGGAGGUCUACUGUUCGCGCAAGCUGUACGCUAGUGACCAGCUCUGCGCGACCCCGGGCGGCAAGUCGGCGCCGACCAAGCACCACUUCGGCAAGAACCAGAUCUCGGUGCCUUUGCGCAUUCGACUACAGAGCAGCUGCAUCGAGCUGCUCUGUGGUCGCACGGACGAACUGCUGGGCCUCGGUCGUGCCCUGUUCGACAGCGCCCAGAAGCUGAAGACGAUGGGACUCGACAAGCACAAGCUGAUGCUCGUUCUGGUGGAGAUCUGCAACCUCUCCCAGGUCAUCGUCAUCCUUCUUCCGCUCCUCCUUUCCUCGUCCGCGCCGUCGUCUUCGUCGUCCAAGUCAGCCGACUACUCCCUGCUCGCCGUGGACGUGGAGCGCGUGAUGACCCUGGCCGACUCCUCGCUCGCCGCACUGCUCGACUUCCUGGCCACCAACGUGCCGCUGCUCACCACGCACCCUCAGCUCCUGCACCAGCUCCUCCAGCGGCUCUAUUCGCUGGUCGGGUCAUGGGCUGCGUCACGCAGCGGCUCGCCCCGGGCAGUCGCCUCCACCGGCGAUCGUCCGCGAGGAAUUAGCAACUCGGCCACACGACCCGAAGGAAAGACCCGCAGAGCCGAAGGAACCGACCGCACGCCUCGGGGGAGCGAUGCCAGCUUUGCGUCGUCGAUUGAGAGCGCGAGUAAUCCGCUGGACCGCUACCAGCACCUCCUCCAGCCGCUCACGGCCUUCCUGAUUAGCUACCUCGACGAGUACUGCGCCGCAGUGCAAAAGCAGAGCAAGGAGAGUCAGGGCCAGGCCCUCAUAGCGACGAGGUCUCACUCUCGAUCAGACACUGUGGACCUGGAUUUGAUGGAGGAAACCCCAGUGGUGCAGAGCCCCAUGCGAGGAGGUCGAGCCAAGCAGGAGAGCUUCGGCGAUACAAGUGCUAGCGAACUGGCUUCCAGCGAAAUGGCCAGCACGCCCAACGACGACUGUGUACUGAUGGCAGCUCGCACGAUAGCCAAGAUUGCCACGUCGCAGCUCUGUCAGUCCGUCGAAAGCAUCGGUGAUGUGCUGAUGGAGCUGUUCAAGCUCACCCAGAUCGUCAACUUCAAGUUCGAGCUGGCUGCACACCUGCUGGACAUUUGCAACAGCAAACCAGCGCUCCAGACGUCCGCUGCUCCCAUCGACAAGGACAGCAUGUUCUACGACGACAGCGUGUACCCUCCUGCGCUUCCGCUGGAUGACGCGCGUCUCGCCGGAAAGGACCUGGGCCAUGAGACCAAGGCCAACUAUGUCAAAAAGGUGUUGACGGGCAUCAGACGGCUCACCUCGCAGCCGGACGCGUUUGGCCGGGAGUCCGUACGCCGGAAUCUGCUACGAGUUGUCGAGCGCGUUAUCGGUCUCCUCAACGCCAAGAUCAUCAGCUCGGAGGACCACAGGAAGUUUGCAAUCAAGAUCGGCACCGCGCUGCUCAAGACCUUCGUCGCCCUCUGGGAAAACGGCAAAAUAAGCUGGCCCACUCGCGUGGCCCUGGCGCAGUGCGUCCGUGAGUUCCUCAACCUCGAAGAGGAGGACGGCGAGGACUUCUCCGAGGUCUUUCUCAAGCUGCUCCAGGACCCGAGCUAUCAAGUGCGCAAGUACAUGAGCCGGGCGAUCACCCUGUUCUUCUCGCUCUACCCGCACCAAGCCCAAAUAUUCAACGACUUGUCGCCCCAGCUGCUGCCUAUCAGCAAGUACCAUUCCGAGGAGGGCAGAGUCACCGCCCUGCUCACGCUCGGGGAGAUUGCGUGCGUGUCGCCGGACAACGAGCAGCGCAUCCUGUUCGAGCUGUGCGUCAUCAGCGGUAGCGGUGCUGAAGAGAAGAAACCCGCACCCAAGGCCGCAGCGACAACCAAGUCUUCUCGCAAGGGAAAAGAGAAGAAGCGCGACGGCGACGACGAAGAGGACGAGAUUGAAGAUGACGACGAAGGCGGCCGAGACGAAGCAGAGGAGAUGUCCGACCUCGUGGCCUACAUCAUCGAGCACAUCGCGCUGACGCUCUCCUAUCCCUCGUCUCAGUCGCUGCUCUCCGACCACCUGCCCUUCCUCCUGGGCCGGUGGUGCGAGGCCAAGUUCCCACUCCACCUCUUCCCGAUUCACCUCCUCAACGAAGCCAGCCUCAAGGACUUCCUCAGCCACUUCGCCGCCAUCCUGCUGCCCAAGCUCGUCUAUCUGACCGACCGCGACAACCUCGAGCUCGUCGCACAACAGUUGGCCGUCACUCCCGAGAAACUCGUGCUCCAGCAUUAUCCGGCCAUCUUUGCGCAAACGUUUCCGCUCUACUACGCGCCGAGCAAGGAGAAGAAGGACCUGGGCAUGUACAUUUGCGAGACCUUUCUGCCGACGUUUGUGGGUGCGGAGGUGGUGAACCAGCUGAUACCCAAAGAACUCGACACGAUCCUCAUCAAGCUGCUCGACCUCACCAAGAUCCAACUGUCUGUUGAGGAUAGCGAGAGUCAAGAACGGUCUGCGGAGAAGGAGGAAGAAGAGGACGAAGAUGACAGCAAUCUCUACUUCUCCGCCGACACCAUCAAGAACGUACUGAAACACUUGGCUCAGGGGUUCAAGGUGGAAGUGGUUUCCCUCUUCUUCAAGACGAAGGACCGAGUGCAGAAGAUAUUGCUACACCUCAACCAGCGCUUGGCUACCGCCCAUCGGCGCCAGGAUCAAUUGAGGGCCUUCCGAGUGCUAAAGUUCUUCGUCGAGAUAUUGGGCGAUAACGCCUGCACCGCCAGCGUGCUGCGUGACGUCAUUCAUACCAUCCUCCGCUCGAUCAACAACCCCAACCUGGCUUCGCUCUCUUGUGACCUGCUCAAGCAGAUAGCGACACUCGCGCUGGAGAAGAACGGCAAGAGGUUGGGCCACCACCUCAAGGCCAUCGUCACUUCGAUCGUUCCGCUCGCGCAACGGGUCAACAAGCCGGGUCAACUCGAGGCCCUCUCGGUGCUCUCGCUACUGAUGAAGCAGACCCAGAUCAAGGACGCGAUACUGCACCUGGACCCAUUCCCGGAGAGCUCCGUAUUCGCAGAGAUCAACAGAAUCUACUACAGUAUGCGAGGCGAGUACAGCCUGGCCGGAGAGAUCGAGCGCUUCAUUCGCACCUGGGCGGGAGCUGGGACGGGCUCGAUGGCACACAAGGUCGCCGCGUCAUCCGCCAUCUCCGUUGCGACGAAGAUAGCUUCCCUGGCGCAUCUCAAGAGGCUGCUCAAGACGUCCAAGACGGAUCUCACUCGUCUACUGAAGCAGGCGCAAAUGCCCUAUUUGGGACAGCAACAGCAACAGGCACCUUCCUCCGAAGUUGCCUCGCAGGGCGCCGAGACACAGCAGAGCCUGAUCGAUCGGUUGAUCUGGGAGCUCGUACAGCUGUGCGCUCCUCAAUACGACAGCGCGAUCCAGCAAAUGGCUGGUGAGUGCCUGGGCGAGCUGGGUGCGGUUGACCCCUACGCCAUCGCCUUCUCGUUCCCGCAUGACGCCUCGCAGUCGGCUGGUGGUCCCCCAGGGCGGGCGUCCAAGGAGCAACAGACCAAGGCCGCCAAGAUCUCUAUCUUGGAGCUGUUGAAUGCCUACCUCACCGACACCGAUGUCGACGUUCUGCACAUGGCCUCCAACUGUCUGAAAGCAGUCCUGUGCACCAACUCUGGCAACAGCGCCCUCAACGCUCUGAGCGAAGAGAUCAAGGAGGAGCUGAUGCCCUACCGCCCCUCGGUCAAGAACGCCAAGCCUCCUGCCUUCCCGUAUGCUCUCCCCGAGAUCGCUCUUUCCACGGCCGAUCUCUGGUCUCCGCACAAGUACAACAGCUACAACGAAUGGGUGUGCCACGUUGCCUACGCGUUGGCCAAACACGCCGUGAAGGACAGGAUGCUGCAUUUGUCCGCUCCGAUGUGCCUGAAGAAGCCCGAGUUUGCUGAAUUUCUCUUCCCCUUCCUGGUGAUGAACGUCAUCUGCUUCCCCGACGACUCCACAAUCACGCUCACCACGGCGUCAUCGAGCACCGCUUCAACUAUGAGCCUGGCUGCCUAUGUCUCGUACAACUUGAGGACCUACAUCCUGUGUGACGCUAACACCAAUACUGAGUCGAUCCAGCUUACGCUGCACACGCUCAAUGUCUUGCGGAAGCAAUUUAUGGCACAAGGCGAGGAACCCGAAGAGCCCAUUGUCACAUCGAAGAAGCGAGGCGACUUCAAAGCUCCUCCGGAGAAGAAGGGAGGAGCAAAGAGCGGUUGCCAGAGGUUCUGGCACACGGACUUCUGGAAGGACUUCAACUUCCUGGACAUCGCACGUGCGGCUCAGAGGUGUUCGGCCUACCUCACCUCGCUGCUAUACGUUGAGCUGUGGUGCGAAAAGGAGAUAGGGCAGCUCCAACUGCCACCGGAUGAGUCCUACUCGCGCUUCCUUGAUGUCCACGGCGGCGGCAGCAGCGCAGGCAGUAGCAACGGCAGCGACAGAAUGGCGGUGGUCGACCAGGACGAAACGCCCCCCUACAUGGAGCUGUUGCUGGGGAUCUAUAGCAACAUCAACGAACCGGACAGCAUCUAUGGCCUUCAACGAAAUCAGAGCAUCCACUCGCGAAUCAAAACCUACGAGCACGAGCACGAUUGGAGCAAGGCCCUGGGCGCAUACGAUAUGACGCUGCAGCACUCCGGCAACCGACCCCCGCUUCCGCUCUGUCAGGGCCUGCUGACUUCACUGCAGAGACUGGGCCACCACCACCUGCUGGAGGUGUACCUGCGCGGCUUCGCCGUACAAUACCCGAGCCACUUCCUGGAUCUCUCCGAAUUCCAAUACGCCGAGGCCUGGCGUACGUGCAAGUGGCAGAUGGACUGGUUCCGUCAUUCCGUCAACCCACUCUUGUUCACGCGGCAGUCGGACGAGGGCGGAGAUGAUCAAGCGCAGUCGCCUUCGAGCAACUCCAACUUCCACAUGGGAUCAUAUCAAUGUCUCAGGUCGCUGCAUGAUGGCGACCAAGCCGUGUUCUGGAAGAACCUCCGUAAGACGCGUUUGGAACUGGUGCGAGCAAUCGGCGUGACCAGUCUGGAGAGUACCAAGAGCGUCUACCCGGCCUUGGCCAAGCUUCAGUUCCUGGGCGAGAUCGAGCACGCCUGGAAUCUUCGCUGGGGGGAAGACAAGCGAAUCGACGCGACGCCUUCGCCCAUGACCCCUGGCACGAGCGCUGGGCUCACUCUACGCACGAAGCGGAUCCCGUCGGCGGUGGAGAUGGACAACCUGCUCAGCGGCUGGCGCGAACGGCUUUCGCUGAUGGAGAACAACUUUGAGCUGAUCGAGCCCCUGCUCUCCCUGGGCACCACGCUUCUCAAGAUCCUGGAGAAGGGGGAGUACCUCCCCGCGCAGCUGAGCACCUUUGCCCAACUGGCUCGCAAGGCCGAGUGCUUCCAGAUCGCCUCCAACUGCAUCCAUCAGGAUGCGGUCAGUAGCGUAUCCUGGCGUCUGGCCGAAGCCCGAGUACUCUGGGACCAGGGCGAGGGCGACAAGGCCAUCAGCAUCGGCAAGCUGUUGACCAAGUCCCUGGAAGAGCUUUACACAAAGCACGUGGAGGUUGCAAGCCGCGGCAAGGCCAAGGCGACUGAGAAGGGAAGACCCGCUUCGCUUGAUGAGCGCCUGCUCAGGGCCUACGCAGAGGCCACCUAUUGCACAGGCAAGUGGCUCGCCGAAACUCGUUCGGAGAGCUCUUCGACGAUCAUCAACGACCACCUCCAGAAGACGGUCGAACUCUAUCAGCACUUUGAUGAUGGCAACCGCGGUCGAGCCUACUUCACGCUGGCUCGCUACGCUGACGGGUUGUACGGACACUUGGUUGAAAAGCUCAAGUCAAGCGAGUGGGCCAUGUCGCAAGAGCUACGCAAGCAAAAGGAAAGGGAGCUGCAGCAGUGCGAGAAGCUGCUCGAGACACGACCCAAGGACAAAGAUCUACUGCGUCACACCAUCGUGCUGCGCCGACAGUGCGAAAUCGACAAGUCCGAGAACCGGCGCCUCGAAAAGGAUCGCGAGGAGCUGUUGCAUUCGGCUGUGGAAAACUAUUUGAGGUGUCUGCUGAGCGGGGACAAGUAUGACAUCAGGGUCAUGUUCCGCCUGUGCUCGCUCUGGUUCAACAACCCAUCAGACCCAACGGUGAACUUCAAGCUCAGUGAGUCGCUCCAGGAAGGGCUGCCCUCCCGCAAAUUUGUGCCGCUUAUCUAUCAAAUCGCCUCACGCAUCCAUGCCGCGCCGACCGAGAUUGCCAAGGCCGGAGCGUCGGACAAAAGGAGAGGCAAGGCCAGGUCGGUGGCGGGCAAAGUGACCAAGUACGUGGGGCGCAGCAAGACCAGAGCCGCUGCUGCGGCUGCUGGCGCGAGCAAAGGCAAAGGCAAGGCCAAGCAACUGGGAGACAGCGAAGAGGAAGGGGACGAGACCGGCGGAGAUGGCGGCACGGCCAACUUCCAGGACGUGCUGAACACCGUCAUCGAGGCCAUCGCGGUAGACCACCCGCACCACGCCCUGUGGCAAAUCUUCGCGCUCUCCAACGGCGACCGCGUCGUCGCUGCCCAAAAGAGCAAGAAUCGCUACCUGGUGGACAACGACAAGGCCACGGCCGCCAAAGAUCUGCUCAAUCGCCUGCGGGCGACCAAGCACAAGCAACUGAUUCAGGAGAUGGAGAAGCUGAUAGGGGCCUACAUCGAGCUUGCCUUCAUGGACGUCUCCAACUACAAAGGCGAGACCAAACCGAUACCUUUGCUCGGUUCGGUACGCAACGUCCGCAAUCUCUCGCUGGUGCCCGUGCCGACGAUCAACUACGACGUCAGUUCAGACGCCAACUAUCAGGGAAUGGUCACCAUCAGCAGGUUCAGCGACACGUUCAGCCUUGCCGGCGGUCUCAACUUGCCAAAGAUCAUCGAAUGCAUCGGCUCCGACGGGCAGUACUACAAACAGUUGGUCAAGGGUAAGAGCCCCACUCCCGCGAGUUCGGAUGAUCUGCGUCAAGACGCGGUGAUGCAGCAGAUGUUCCUCAUGGUCAACAUCCUGCUUCGUGAGAAUCCCGAAACGAGGAAGCGCCGCCUGCGCGUUAGGAGCUACAAGGUGAUACCUCUGACGCCGUGUGCGGGUCUGCUGGAGUGGGUGCAAAACACGAUCCCGCUGGGGCAGUACCUCAUCGGCACCGCACGGGACUACAAAUCGGGCGCGCAUGUGCGGUAUCGGCCCAACGACAUACUCUCGGCCGACUGCCGUAAGGAGAUGCAGGAAGCCGCCACCGCCAAGAAGAGGCGCAAGGUGUUCGAUUCGGUGCUGGACAGGUUCAAGCCGGUGUUCCACCACUUCUUCCUGGAGCAGUUCCCCGAUCCUCCUCUGUGGUUCGAACACCGUCUCAACUACAUCCGCUCCGUGGCCUCGUCUUCCAUCCUCGGCUACGUGGUGGGUCUGGGCGAUCGGCAUGCGCAGAACAUCCUGAUCGACAAGGCCACGGCGGAGGUGGUGCACAUCGAUCUGGGCGUGGCGUUCGAGCAGGGCAAGACCCUGCGUACGCCCGAGGUGGUCCCCUUCCGCCUGACGCGGGACAUCGUGGAUGGCAUGGGCAUCACCGGCUGCGAGGGGGUCUUCCGGCGGUGCUGCGAGGAGACGAUGCAAGUGCUGCGGGCGUCUCACGAGUUCCUACUCACCAUCAUGGAGGUCUUCAUCCACGACCCGCUCUUCAAGUGGGCACUCUCCCCCGUCAAGGCCCUUCAGCUGCAGCGAGAGGACAACGAGCAGAACGAAGGCAUCCAGGAAGUUGGCGAUGCCGAGUCGGGCGGUUCGUCGGGGGCGAGCGGCAACAAGGACGCGGAACGGGCGCUGCUUCGACUGAAGGCCAAGCUGCAGGGCUACGAGUACGGACAGGCCCUGAGUGUGGAGGGUCAAGUCAAGCAGCUCGUCGCCGAGGCCCAGGACCCUAUUCGUCUUGCCGAGAUGUUUGCUGGCUGGGCACCGUGGCUGUAA